UCCCCUCCCCUCCGCGCCCACGCUGCCGCCCAGCUCAUAAAACUGCUGGCCGCUCGUCGCCGAGAGCAGUUGCUGCCCAACGUGGCCCGGGUCUUAGGCUCCCGCUGCGGAGGCAGGCAGCGACGGCUGGGGUUGCCCAGCUGUUUGAGUGCGGCAAUGAUCCCUCCUCCCAGCUGCGCCUGCCUCAUCUCCCCCCACCCAGCAGCCCGUCCCUCCCCUCCGCCGCUCCCGACGCUGCAGCCGCCACCUCCUACUCUUCUUCCUCCCAACCCCCAGCCUCUCUCGCCCGCUCGCUCUCCAUCUCCUCUCGCUGGCUCUCCCGUUCCCGCCGGCGGCCCUGGCAGAGUAGGCACCGCAAGGCGGAGGCGGGAGGAAUCUCCAUGCAACACCAUGACAGGCAUCGCCGCCGCCUCCUUCUUCUCCAAUACCUGCCGCUUCGGGGGCUGCGGACUUCACUUUCCAACCCUGGUGGAGCUCAUCGAGCACAUCGAGGACAACCACAUCGAUACGGACCCACGUGUAUUAGAAAAACAAGAAUUACAACAACCCACAUAUGUUGCUCUCAGUUACAUUAAUAGGUUUAUGACUGAUGCUGCUCGUAGGGAACAGGAAUCUCUGAAGAAGAAAAUCCAACCUAAACUCUCCUUGACCUUAUCAAGCUCAGUGUCCCGUGGGAAUGUAUCUACUCCUCCACGUCACAGCAGUGGAAGCCUUACUCCACCUGUCACACCUCCGAUCACCCCUUCCUCCUCAUUUCGUAGUAGCACACCCACAGGUAGUGAAUAUGAUGAAGAAGAAGUAGAUUAUGAAGAUUCAGAUAGUGAUGAGUCCUGGACCACAGAAAGUGCUAUCAGUUCUGAAGCUAUUCUAAGUUCUAUGUGUAUGAAUGGAGGAGAUGAGAAACCUUUUGCCUGUCCUGUUCCUGGGUGUAAAAAGCGAUAUAAGAAUGUGAAUGGUAUAAAGUAUCAUGCCAAGAAUGGCCACAGGACACAGAUCCGUGUGCGGAAACCCUUCAAAUGCCGCUGUGGAAAGAGUUACAAGACAGCUCAGGGUCUGCGGCACCACACAAUCAACUUCCACCCACCAGUGUCUGCUGAGAUUAUCAGGAAGAUGCAGCAAUAAGAUGCUGGUCAAAAAUGUGCCAAGGAAUCCUCACCAGCAGUUGCUGAUUUUGAAGACAGCCACCUUCUCUUGGGAAGCAUUGAGCAACCCUUUAAAGAAGAAAUUAAAAUGCAUGCUUUACA